AUGGCCACCACCAGUAAGCAAUACAAAGCAAUUGGCGAGGACAUAUGGAAGGGCAGGACCGAGAAAAUCAACGCAGAGCUCUUCGCCCUCACGUAUGGCGCACUCGUCGUGCAACUCAUACAAGACUAUGAGGACUACGCAGAGGUUAACAAGCAGCUUGAGAAGAUGGGCUACAACAUUGGCACACGGCUAAUCGAGGACUUCCUCGCCCGCAGUGCGAUUGGACGCUGUGCCGACUUCAGGGAGGUCGGUGAGGUAGUUGCUAAGGUGGGAUUCAAGUCGUUCCUGAACAUCACACCUACCGUGGUACAUGCAGCACCACCGCCGCCGUCGCCUUCACGUUCGAGCAACCCACCACAUUCGAACACGGCCGGAGCAUCGUUUACUCUCACACUAGAUGAGAAUCCUCUCGCGGAGUUCGUAGAGCUGCCUGAGGAAGCCCUCGAGGGCGGCCUGUGGUUCAGCAAUGUACUAUGCGGCGUGCUCAGGGGCGCACUGGAGAUGGUUCAAAUGCAGGUACAGGCGACCUUCAUUUCGGACGUAUUGCGCGGAGACGAGACGACGGAGAUUCGGGUGACGUUAACCAAAUAUCUCGAGGAGGAAGUACCUGUUGGAGACGACUAG